AUGACGGAAAAUAUCCCCCCUUCCAACGGAGUCAACAGUGCGGCUCCAGAUGCAUCGCGCGGUCUGCCGUACUACGAGAAACUCCGGCGCGACCUCCGCGAAUCCCUACAUAAGAAGAGGCAAAUAGAUGCAGCUCUGGCACAAAUCGAGGAAACCAUCCUCGCGCGCGAAACCGCCUACCUCGAAGAGACAGCAGCAGGCAACAUCAUCAAAGGCUUCGACAACUACAUCAAAGGCACGACGGCAACGACGAAUGCAAGCGGGCAGGGUACGGCGACGCGUCGGAAAGCCGUCAUCAGUGACCAUGAUAGGAUUUUCAGUCGUAGUUCGAUGAGCUUGAAGGACUCCUUAAACGGAACUCCGCAAACGACUCCCUCCACUGCAACAACGCCCGCGUCAUCGUUUCCGACGAGGGAGAAUAGCAUGUCUGCGACGAAUCCGCUAACGGUUGGGAUGGGCAGCGUUAAUAAGAAGAAGAAGAAGGCAGCGGAUGAUGAUGAUUCGGAGAGUCAGCCGAGUAAACGUGGGAAGAUUACGUAUGGGAGGAGUUCUGAGAAUCUUCGCUAG